GUGUACUGGGAGCAUUAAAGGAGACUGUUCCAUUGAGAUACACCUCCCCAGAAAUCUUAAAUAAUAGAGUACCAUGUCAUGUUAGCAUUAUUUGUAGGGGGAAAAAAGAUAGCCUCUUUUAUGGUUUUGCGCCAUGGCAGCACAAUUCGACGGAGCACCGGCUUUCACUAAGAAAGUUACUUUUAAAGAUGAUUGCAACGCUGAAGCUACAAAAGCUGACAAAUCUAAGCAAGAAACACAGCCAGAAGAGGGAAACGGUCCAGCUCCUGGUUCUCCGUCGGGUGUUUUAGGGUGGAUAAGCAGCGCUCUACCUCAACCUGCAGUUUCACCAAAGCUGAGUCGAACCAACUCCACCACCUCCAAGGACGAAAACACAACAACCGGUAAUCCUGAAGACAAAAAAGGGAUGAUAGCUUGGAUCACUCAGGGUUUGGAGAAAGUUGUUCCUCAGCCCGAGCUGAAGAGCAAAGAGCCGCCACCAGCUGAGCCGCCCACAGCCGAGCCGCCCAUAGCCAAGCCACCCACAGCCGAGCCGCCCACAGCCGAGCCGCCCACCGAGGUGUGUCAGAAAGCAGCUGCACCAGAUGCAGUGCCUCAGACGACUGUGAAGGACACAGGCAGAGAGGAAAAGACUGAAAAUAAGCCUCACCCACCCAGGAUGAUCGACUGGAUAAAACAGGGUAUAGAGAAGGUCGUUCCUCAGCCAGAGUUUCAUGUCCGUUCAAUCACAGACGCCAAAGAGAAGCCGGAGCCUUCUGCUUCUACUGAAGCAAAGGCAUCAGAACCUCCACCAUCUCCAAAACCAGCCACUGACACUGAGAAGUCUUCAAAGGAAGCAGAGCAGCAGCCAAAAAUGAUGGGCUGGAUCGUUGACGGGAUUGGCCGCAUGUUGCCUCAGCCUGUACACAAGCAGGACAGCGUCAGAGACGAGGUGCAGAAAAGGGGGAAAGGCCGCGAGCCCCUUUGAAUAAAAGGAGAAGGUGGAGGACACGGAGAGAGUCGCUCGCACUGACACUGAGAGCCGCCUAAACUCUUUAAACUAACUGAAGGAGGAGGCACAGACGGAGCUGUUUUUAAAACAGCGACGCGAUAAUCGAUUGCUGCUCUGUUUCAAAACUGCUUUGCAAAGCUGCAGUGCAUUUAGUUUUAGUCAUGAUGCACUAUAAACAUUUUAUAAACAAAAUGAAAAAUAUAAACAAAUCAGAGGUUUUUUUUACUAUAAGAUGUCUGUUUACAUGCGUUUAAAGUUGUUUACAACAUGUGGGAUAAAUGAAUGAGAUUUAAUAGACUCAGGCCUCGUCCAUUUCAAAAAUGUAGGUUGUUCUGUGAGUUUUGGUCUGUCGUACACAAACAGCAUUUUAGUUCAGUGAUAAUGCACCUUUUGUAAAACUCCUUCCAGAGUGAAGAUUUUCAGGAACUCAGUUGAAGGUGUUUAUGUGUAGACGGGGAAAACUGUUUUGUUCUUGUCAUGUCAUGCUGUGCACCGGUUUCUCCUCCGUUUGACAUCAUCGUGCAACGCUGUCACUUUGUUCUCAUGAGAUUAGUGCGAUGGCAGACGUAACCAAGCUAGUGCUGGUGCUAACGAUGCUAACUGGACCUUUUACAUGCUUGCACAUACAUACUCUCAUACUCUCCCACUAUGUUGACGAGCAGAGGCGCCUCAAUGGACUACUAUGUAAAUCACUGGAGGAUUGGAAUGACAUCAUUUUUGACUUGGCAUGCUCAUGACAGCUGUAACAGUGCGUUUUGCAUUAUAACAUGGAUGAAGAUGUUUUUUUGAAGAUGGAUUCUGGAGGAAAAUCUCUAUUUUGAAAAAUACCCGCCUACAUGUGUGGACUAGGCCUCAGUAUCUUCUACGUUUCAAUAAUGUUUUUUAAAUAAGGAAAAUACAAUGUGAGCAUUUAAUCAUGACAAAAAAAAUCAUCUGUAACUUAAAGAUCAAUCUAUAAACCAUGGUCACAUCUCAGCAUCAUUUGUGAUGAAUCUCCUUUUGUUUCCAUUUUGUUGCAAACUGGCACAAGCUUUUAGUUGCAGUUCUCGACUCCCAUUAGAACAUUUUUUUAAACAUUUUUGCUGAUUUUACAAAAAGGAUCUAUCAACGCACAAUGCAUAUUGCUGUACAUUAGAAAAAUAAAGACAUUCAUUUGUAAAGAAA